ACUGCAAAAAAAACUGACAGCAUAAAUUUGACAGAAGGAGCUUGCGCCGAAUUAAUUUAUUUUUUUUCAACCAAUUUCCUGGAGUCAACGAUAAUGUUAAACAAUGUCCAGCAGCAACGAAAGUGUAUAUAAUUUCAAGAUUGUCCUCCUGGGAGAGGGAUGUGUAGGCAAGACAUCCUUAGUCCUGCGCUACGUCGAGGAUAAAUUCAAUCCAAAACACAUUAGCACUCUUCAGGCGUCAUUCCUCAAUAAAAAAAUCAAUGUCAAUGGGAGACGGAUAAAUCUGAGUAUUUGGGAUACAGCUGGCCAGGAGCGAUUCCAUGCCCUGGGUCCCAUCUACUAUCGCUCUUCCAAUGGAGCCAUCCUGGUGUACGACAUCACGGAUGAAGAUUCAUUCCAAAAAGUUAAAAAUUGGGUGAAGGAACUCAAAAAAAUGCUCGGCACGGAUAUCGUCCUGGCCAUAGCUGGCAACAAAACAGACUUGGCAAAAGAUCGCAAUGUGACUCUGGACGUAGCUCAGACCUAUGCAUCAGCCGUUGGGGCAAAGCACUACGAAACGUCCGCCAAGAUGAACGAGGGCAUCGAUGAGCUCUUCCUGGAGCUAACCAACGACAUGAUUGAUGCCCACGAAGUUAAACAGGCUCAAAAUGCCGCCCUGUCUCGCAACAACUCAAUGAGACGAUCCCAAGCCCUCGUUGUAGCCGACGAAGAUGCCGGAGAUGUUCACCUUGAAGAUGCUUCAGGAACGUCUGGACGUUGCUGUUCCGGUGGCACUGCCCCAUCCAGCUAAGUGAAAGUCCUGUGUUUCUUGUCUUUUAUGUGACACAGUUAUAUUUACUUUAACAUUACAUCUUUGUAAUAUUUAAGAGCCUUACGUAAAUAUUAUUAUAAUGUUACAUUAUUAAGAAAA